AUGUCUGACGUGCCACUUAAACCGCGCCCGACCAUCAUGCCGCUGUCGCGGCGGAGGCGCAAAUGGGUUUCACGCGACGUCUCCCACUUUCAACAAGUUGAGCAAGUUGGCGAGGGGACGUAUGGGCAAGUGUGGAGCGCGAAGGAUAAAUUCACAAACGAGACCGUCGCACUGAAGCGGGUGCGCAUGGACAAUGAACGCGAAGGGUUCCCACUGACGGCCAUCCGCGAGAUCAAGCUCCUAAAAACGCUGCACCACGAAAACAUCGUAAACCUGAAAGAAAUCGUCACCGGCAAGGGCACGACGAGCACCGAUGCCCGCCACGACCCCAAGAAACCAAAAGGCAGUAUUUACAUGGUAUUCGAGUACAUGGACCACGACCUCACAGGCCUCAUGGAUACGCCCACCGUGCGCUUCACGGAAGCCCAGGUCAAAUGCUAUAUGUCGCAGCUCCUGAGCGGCCUGGAAUACUGCCACCGCCACGAAGUACUGCACCGCGACAUCAAGGGCUCCAAUCUGCUUAUCGAUAACAACGGCAAUCUAAAGAUCGCCGACUUUGGCCUCGCCCGCUCCUACGGUGAAGCCGGCCGCCGCUACACAAACCACGUCAUCACCCUCUGGUACCGUCCACCUGAGCUCCUCCUCGGUGCCAACAUGUACGGCCCCAGCGUCGACAUGUGGUCCGUCGGCUGCCUCCUCGCCGAGCUCCUGACCCGCAAGCCCCUCUUCCCUGGCAAGGCCGAGGCUGAGCAACUGGACCUCAUCUUCCAAGUCAUGGGCUCCCCCAACGAAAAAGUAUGGCCCGGCUGGCGCGACCUCCCCCAGUCGCGCAACCGCGCUUUCAAGAGGCUGGCUGCGCACAGCUCCACAUCUGUGUCCCCCACGGUGAUCGACCUUCUCACCGACAUGCUCCAGCUGGACCCCGCGCGACGCAUCAGCGCGACAGACGCACUCAGUCAUCGAUGGUUCCAGGAGGAGCCUUACGCGUGCCGCAAGGACGAGUUGCCAAAGCAUGCGCAGUCGACACACGAAUUCCAGGCGAAGAGAAGACGCCAGGCGUCGCAUAUGGCACGACACAACAUGACCUCCCGCGAUCGCGAGCGCGCUCAGGAACGCAGCAGGUCGCGUGGCUCCAGUCGAGAUUACUCGUUGCACAAGCCUCGUCCUCCUCGUCGCACUCCUCUUCGCUGUGCUCCUCGUGAAACACAAACUCGGUUAAAUCCUCCGCACGCACGUAGGCCAUCUCGCUAUCGCUACUUGGAUCAUCGAAUUCCUUCUGCUUUCCCUUUCCCUCUCCCUCUUCGUCUUCCCCAAUCACGUCGCCUUCCCGGACAUACACGUCCUCCUCAUCCACGGUGA